AAAGGUUCAUUCCCGUGAGAAAGAUGCUUCAUCUCUGCAGAAGCUAUUGUCAAACAGCUUGGGAACCCAAUCAGAUUCUAGAAUUGGAGCCCUGUUUAUUGAAUUUCCCCAAGCUCUAUCAUCAAACCCAUCUUUUAUAGGGCGUGGCAAAGUGAGAAUAUGAGUGCAAGUAGCUUGGUUGCAGAGGCAGUUUGGAAGGCCAUUGAAUCAACUGGUUCAGUGACCGAUGAUCAGCUCUCCAUCUUGCAUUUCUUGUUCGGUAAGAACUUGGAGAGGGCAACAAGGAUAGUGGAUCAAAGAGGUGUCAAGAGGGUUUUGGGUGAGCCCAGUGGACGUUCCAUCUUUCAGGUCGUAGGAGAAUCCCGGAGGAAGGAGGAGUACUUCUGUUUUGCUGAGCACUAUUGUGCUUGUUAUUCAUUCUUCUAUGACAUUGUAAACAGAGGAGAGCAGCUUUGUUGUAAGCAUCAACUAGCUGCAAGGCUUGCUGCAUCAUUGGGAGCAUGCGUUGAAGUUAAGGUGUCUGAUGAACAGUUGGCUGUACUGCUUUCUAAACUCUGACAUACGUGGAUGGCCGAAAUUUAGACUUAGGAGUUGAAGAGUACCGCAAGAGCAGGUCACAUGAUCUGAAUUUUAACAUAAUCAGUGGAAGAAAUAUAGAGGUAGUGCCUCCAAUAUAGGUUAUGGAAAUGUUGAUGGCCUAGUUUCUAAACAUUGCAUGUAUUCUGUGCUUGGAACUGCUACCAGCAUGAUCUGAAAUCACCUCAUUCUUCUUCUUAUUGAAGCAUUUACUUUAUAAAACCACCUGUGCUAGAAAACAGUUGUCAUGUUUCAGAAAUGGCUCUUCCCUUUAAUUAUUUGUUUAUGUCAUAUCUCCAGGAACUGCUCAUGAGAUGCAGGUGGUGAUGAUAUUGUAGACAAGUUUGUAAUUCAGACCCUCCAUGUGGUUCUUUGGGGAAAUCAUAUAGGAUUUGCUAACCAGCUUUCACAUCACAUUUUCCAUUUUGUUGUAGAAAAAAUGGUUGAUUGUAUAUGUGAAUCAGUAAAAUCCCUAUUUGCUGCUUUUGUGAAUUGAUCUU